AUGUGGCAGCGGAGCAGCCUAGCAGCAGCUGGCGACCUCAAGAGGAAGGUGCCGGCAGUCGCAGGCAUGCAGGGUGGCGUGGGGCCAAGCACCGGGCGCCACGACGGCCCGCAGAAGCCUCGCAGACGAUUCCUUCUGUUCUAUAGGCCGUCUGCAACGUCCCUCCGCGCGGGGGCGCUGCUCGCCGCCGCCUCUCCCUGCUGCCCUCUCCAUGGUGCGCCUCUGCCUCCCGCCUUCUCCCUUCGCUUCCGGCGUUGCCAGUGGUGGGCAAUUUCCGCUUCCGACUGUGUAGUUCCGGGUUUUCCGGUUGUGGCGGCGAUGGCGGCGGCUUCCUCUUCGGCCGCAGCCGCGGGCUGCCAGGAGGGCUCAGCGGUGGCGGCAGGGUGUGGCUGGAACGAAUCCCAGUUCCGUCGUUACUCCUUCGAGACGCGGCCUAUUCCGCGGCUCAGCCACAGCGAUCCCCGCGCCGAGGAACUCAUCGAGAAUGAGGAGCCGGUGGUGCUAACAGAUACGAACCUGGUUUAUCCUGCUCUGAAAUGGGACCUGGACUACCUCCAGGAAAACAUUGGCAAUGGAGACUUCUCAGUGUACAGUGCCAGCACACACAAGUUUUUGUACUACGAUGAGAAGAAGAUGGCCAAUUUUAAGAACUUCAAACCCAAGUCAAGCAGGGAAGAGAUGAAGUUUGCUGAGUUUGUGGAGAGACUCAAAGAAAUACAACAAAAAGGGAGCGCUGAGAGGCUAUAUCUCCAGCAAACCUUGAAUGACACAGUUGGAAGGAAGAUUGUGGUGGAUUUCCUUGGCUUCAACUGGAACUGGAUUAACAAGCAGCAAGGGAAACGUGGCUGGGGUCAACUGACUUCUAACUUGCUUCUUAUCGGCAUGGAAGGGAAUGUGACACCAGCUCAUUAUGAUGAGCAGCAGAACUUCUUUGCUCAGAUUAAGGGUUACAAGAGGUGCAUCCUGUUCCCUCCUGAUCAGUUUGAAUGCCUCUACCCUUAUCCUGUGCACCACCCAUGCGACAGACAGAGCCAGGUGGACUUUGACAAUCCUGACUAUGAGAAGUUUCCAAACUUUAGGAGCGUGGUUGGCUAUGAGACGGUGGUGGGUCCAGGGGAUGUGCUGUACAUACCUAUGUACUGGUGGCACCACAUUGAGUCUCUCCUGAAUGGGGGGAUUACCAUCACUGUGAAUUUCUGGUACAAGGGUGCCCCAACCCCAAAGAGAAUUGAAUAUCCAUUAAAGGCUCAUCAGAAAGUGGCAAUAAUGAGGAACAUUGAGAAGAUGUUGGGAGAAGCCUUAGGAAAUCCACAAGAGGUGGGUCCCUUGUUGAAUAUGAUGAUUAAGGGACGAUAUGACUAAUGCCUGGCUGCCCGGGUGACUGAUGUUGGAGCUGCUUUGUUCACAAGCAAUGGAAGAUACUGAGCGCUAGUAUUGCACGCAGCACUUAACAGACUGAUGGGUUUCCUGGCCCAUCCCUGCCCCACUACAAUACAGGGGGCAACUGGAACUGCAAAACCGUUAGUACCCCAUUCAUCCUCCACUCUCAUCUAACCGAACCUCCCAAGAACCUCUGCACUUAUUGGAAGCUGGAUUCAUGCUCACUAACUUGUGUUUUUCUCCCUCUGCCCUGUUUGCCACAACAAAGAGCAUGGCUUCUGGCACUCAGAUGUGUCACUUCAGGAUAUUCAGGCAUUUGAAGAGGAGCUUGGAGGAGAACCCAAAGUGAUCUUGUUUCAUGAUCCUCACAGGGUUUGGAUAUCCUGACUGGGUUUAUGUGUUGAUGCCUGCAGUGGAUAUAAGAUGGGAUGUGAUAGGUUUCACAGUCCUCUGUUAGAGGAUCUGUCCAUGCUCAACUCUGGCACUAUUUUGUAUAACAGAAAUGAACAUGUGAGACGGCCUGUGUGUGCUGAGCAGCUGGACAAAUGAUUCAGUUCCUUUACCAUAACACACCUAUGCUUUGGACUUAGUACAGGGUAGAGAUCAGAGUGAAUUCAUCUAGUGGGUGAGUGCCAAAUCCUGUGGUCUCCAAAUAACAUCUGUGUUGUAGGAGUCUAGAUAAACCUCCUUUCUGACAGCAUUCUCUGGGGAGUAAAGUCUUCUCUCUUGCUCUUCUGAAGCUGCAGUGUGGUUAAAAGGGUAUGUAUGUAGCAUUAUGAAGGGAGAUACAUAAAUGCCAGGGCACUCUGCAAGUCUAGAAUGAUGACGCCACAUUUUAAAAUAAAAUUCCCCACUGUCAAAAUGCAGUGUCAGAUAGGUACAGAGCCUCCCUUCUCCUCACCAGGGGUGCUGGCUCCUCGGACUAAGACGGGAAAGUGCCCUUUUUACUGAAACUGCAAGAACUCAAGUGUGUGUGGCUGCACAGAGGUGCGCGUGUUUGUGUGAUGUUGUGUGGCUCCUGUCCAUCAGUUAAAUCCAUGCCAGUGUGUGGUUCCCUUCCUUGUACAGUCAUGUGAAAGAAGUCAGGGCUUUCUGUUUAAAUGUGGUUAAGUUUAUCUGGAUCCUUUUUGUGUUCUGGGAUUUGACAUGGCAGGCUGGGAAGUGGCAAGGCCAGGGCACAGUAACAGGACAAGCCUGUGUUUUAGAGUCCUUAGCAAUCACCCUGGAAAAUAAUUUUGCUUUCAUCCUAUUCCCUUUAACAGCCUUAGGCUCAUAUGGAGGCUGGCUUUUUAUUACCUUGAGGUAUGCUGCACUGCUAUCCCUGGUUUGGGGGAUGAUGCAAAGGUCUUGUAUAUUUG